AUGGAAGAGACACCCUGCACUAGUCCUACCCUCAAGCAGCCUACUCGUUUUGCACUCACCAAGGGCAUAGGCGUCCAAGCCUCCUUCCUCCUCUCUAUCGUUCCAAAUGGAGAGAUCAACCAUUGCAAGGGCAACAAGGAAGCCCGAGCCAACUAUGCGAUCUAUCACCUCCCUCAGCCCAUCCUUCACGAAGCUGUGGAGGGAAACUCCGAUGAGAUUGCUUGCUUGAAGAAGGAGGUCAAGAGUAACGAACCUCGCUUGCCAGUCUCUGGACGUGGAAUCAACAAAUGGAAGGAAGUUGAGGGAAAAUCGACGAUUGUGAAGGAGCAUCAGCUCAAUGGAGAAUCGUUUGUAGUGGAAACAAAAUAUGUACAUAUAACUCGUGGCAGCAGAGUUGUACAUUUGAUUAACAAAUUAGGGGCCACUACUCUUAUGGAACUGAUGAUUGCUGCUGGAAAGACGAUUCCUCGACUGCAGUUGGAACAUGGAUUGGCUGUUGAGAGAGUAUUUUCAAUAAGUGUGAUGAAGGCUGACGAAACAGUUUUGAAGCGUUUGGAUGCCCCAACUAAAGCUCCGAAUUGGCCUGUUGCUGCUGAUGGUGACCGCCCACCUGCUAAGAUUCCUAUUCCUAUUCCACCAUGUCGUUUGAAAAAGAAUGAUGAGGUAUCUUGA